AUGAAAUAUGAUUAUAAAUUUUUAAAGAAUGAAAGCUAAGAAUAAUUGCUUCCCUACAUCUAAACUAAUACAAAAACUAUACAACUAGAUCAUAAAGAAAUUAAAAAGAAAAUAAAGAUGUAAGUAAAUUUGAAGAAAGUAAAGAUUAGAUUAGAAAUUAUUAACCAGAUAAUUUCCAACACCAAGAUCUCUUUCAUAAAGAGUAUACUAUUGGACUAAAGAUGAAACCACAAUACCUGUAAUUCAAAAAAAUUAUGAUUCUAACUCAAUUAUAGAGUAUUCUUCAGAAUAUUUCAUGAGACAAGGAGAUUGGAAAGAAGAUAUCCACAGUCCUAUUAGAACAACAGUUGAUUUAAGUUCUAGUAAACAAACCCCUCCUAAAUUUACAAAUAUAAAAAUACCCAAAUUAUAAAUUACUAAAGAAAAAAAAAUUGAAUUUUUAGGAGAAUUAUUUAGUAACAGAUCUAACUCAUCAAAUCAAAAAUCAGAAUUAAAAGCUGAUCAUUUUUAUCAUGUUAUUAACCCUCUAAAAAAAGAAAUAAAACCAGAUAGAAAAGUGAAAUAGGAAUGUUUUAAUUAAGCAUUUCACAUAUUAGAAGAAAUCAUUCCAGCUUCAAUUGUAAUUAAAUAAAAUCUUGGAGUUAUAUAAUAAUCUUUAUCAGAAAGUGAAAUUAAAUAAGACCAGAAAAAAAAUAAAGCAUCAUUAUCUAAAAGAUAAAAAAUAAAGGCUUGUACUAUAUCUGAUUAACCCUAACCAAAAAGUUAACCAGAACCAAUAAAUCACAUAAAGACAAAAACUCAAACACAAUCCAAAAACGUAAUUCAACCCCAACCUCAACCUCGCACAUAACCACAAUCAUAACCUCAACCUUUGUCAGAUCAGCCUCAACCUCAAUCCUAACCUUAACCUCGACUGUAACCUUUGACAUAACCACAACCACUACCAUAGCCACAACCUUAAACUUUAACAUAACCACAAAAUCAACCUUAAAAUUAUAAAAAAGGAUAAAAACUAAAGGCCUGUAUAAUGUCUUAUGUUAGAAGAUUAAAGAGGUGUAAGCUUACUCAUGCUUAGGUUAUUAGAGAUCAUGUAUUUAGUCCACAUCCAUACUCAAAAGAAAGCUCAAUAGAUUUUUUCUAAGCUAUUAAAGAUAAUCAAGAACUCAUAGUUGUUAGGUUAUUACAAAAAGUUCCAUAUUUGGUUUAUGAUUUUGAUAAUGCACAUAUGACAGGUUUGCACUGGGCAGCAAAACGGGGAUUCCCAAACUUAGUAAAAAUUUUAAUACAGCAUAACGCUGAUGUUGAUGCUAAGGACAUUGUUUAUAGGACUCCUUUAUAUAUAGCCACUGAUUAUGCUCAUGGUAAAGGCUCUGCAAGGUAUAUAGAAAUUAUUUAAAUAUUGUUAUAUAACUAAGCUUAUCCAUGGUCCUAUGAUCAUAUAUAAUAUUCUUAGGUUAUUAGAGAUGACAAGAAAGUUAAAGAAUUAUUUGCUGUAAGUAGAAAAAUUCACCUGACAAUUUUAAUAACGUCACCUCAAUAAAAAGAUUAAAUUUGGAAUAAAGAGGUACCUGCUAUGAAUGCAAUUAAAAAUGUGGUAAAUUAUCCUAUUUAUCCAGAACACACAAGAAGAAAAACAAAGUUAAAAUACAAAUGAAAUCCUUAAAGGUAAUCCACAUAUGGAUCCUAGAUUAAGAUAAUUUUAUACAUAAAAAUUAGUUUACCUAAAAAGAAAGAUAGGAAAUUAAGCUUAAUAAGAAAUUGAGAAAUAAAUUUAAACUGAACAAGCAAUUUUUGAAUAUGUAAGAAAAUAACCUUUUUAGGCUAAUUGA